CUCAUCGCAACAUGCCAUGCAGACCGCAGUGGGUUACAAUGGCCGCGUGCCUCCAGACAAACAAGAAGCGGCUGCCUGUAGUGUGCCACCCACACGCGCUUCCCCGCGCUUUGAUAAAUCUCAAGAUGUGAACUUAAAGACUGCAGGUUUUUCUGUCUUUCACUCCCUACGCUUGUAUUCCCCUGUGUCCACGAUGGGCAGCUGUCGCUCAGCCCUCAUUCCCGGUAACACUCGCGAUGGAGGAGGAAAAAAAAGAAAACCAGAGUGAAGGACCGGAUUCUCGAGAAAAAUCUCAGGAAACACGCCAAAAUGGGCCCGCGCGGCAUUCCAGGGCAGCAGGGUCCAUGCAGGCCUUCACCUCCCUGUCACCGAAGGCUCUCUCCGCUGUGCUACACCAGGCGGCCCGUCCCGGCCCCGGGCCGAGCAGGGACCCCGACCCCGAACCCGGCCCCGGGCCGAGCAGGGACCCCCCCCACCUGGAACAGCUGCAGGCGGAGCUGAGAGACCUGAGGGACCAGUUUGGGCGGAUGAAGAGUCAGCACAACAAAGAAAUCCAACUGCUGAUGAGUGAGCUCGACGAGGAGAAAAAGAUUCGCCUGACUUUACAGAUGGAGGUUCAACGUAUGAAGAAGCACAUGUCGAAAUGAGGGGAGUGGAGAGCUUCUUCAUUGGCAACGACACAUUAGACGUCCUGCUGCACACUGAUAAAUGAUACAUUUUUUCAAGUGUUUCAAUGAUGUCAAAUUGUUUUGUAAUCUCUGUAAGUGGAUUCUUGACAACUGCAGCAUCUGAAGGACCCUGUAGUGGGGAGAGAUGCUGUUUGAGUUGUCUUGAGGUUUAUCGUAAAAGGAGGGGGAUGUGGUUAUUGUUGGCAUGAAUAUGCAUCUGACUCAAUCCCUGUAGAACACGCUUUCAAUCCUCUGUCUGUUAUCCGGCUGUGUGGAAAACAGAGGGGGACAAAUCAAUGAGAGACAGCAUAUGAUCCGCGAUCACUAGUUUAUGAUAAUGUAACGCAAAACCUUAUUUUAAGAGCAUUUUACUUUCAAAAAAUGUGAAUUUGCCUUUUGAUGGUACAAAGAAUGUUCUGACCAAGCUGUCAGUUGUUGGUAUGUUUGAUGUUGGUGAACUCAUUAAAAAGGUCUCCAGAUAUCGAAGAGAUUUUAUUAAUAUAAAAUUGCACAAA